AUGGCGGAUACCGAAGUUGCUCCUCCCGAGGUGCAUCACUAUCAGAGUAUUGAAGAAGUACCAUGGGAUAUUCAAAAUUAUUGGGCUCAACGACAUCGCAUUUUCUCACGAUACGAUGACGGGAUAUGGUUGACUGACGACGCGUGGUUCGGCGUCACCCCAGAGCCAGUCGCCCAUAAAAUUGCCAAUCAUAUGGCGGAGGCCACCCCUGAAGACCGCUGCAUUUUGGUAGACUGCUUCGCUGGGGCUGGAGGCAACACGAUCGCCUUUGCACAGACGCGUAAAUGGAAGCGGAUCUACGCCAUUGAAAAGAACCCAGCCGUUUUGCAAUGUGCCCAGCAUAAUGCCGAGAUCUACGGCGUGGGGAACCAAAUCACCUGGUUCCAAGGCGACUGUUUCGACAUUCUCCAGAACCAACUGAAAGAUCUCGCACCGUACAGUGUGAUCUUUGCCAGUCCACCUUGGGGAGGCCCGGGAUAUCGUUCGGAUCAUGUCUUCAACCUUAGCACCAUGGAGCCUUAUUCCCUGAAAAGGCUAUACAAGGAGUAUUCAAUGUUCACUCCCCUUGUGGCGCUGUUUCUGCCACGGACGUCAGAUGCCAGGCAGAUGGCCAAGUUUGUGCCGGAGGGCGACAAGGCCGAAGUGGUGCAUUAUUGCAUGGACGGUCACAGCAAGGCGCUGUGUAUCUACUACGGCGGUUUUGCCUCGCAUAAUUAA